GACCGCUGCAUCUAUUCACGCCGGCUUAUCGGUGCCGCCUUCGUCUCUCCCUCCUUCUCCUCCAUCUAUACAUUCUGCUCCUCUAUCGUUCUCUCUUUUCCUCGCUUCGUUAGUUUCGCUCUUAACGCAUUAGAGCAUGUUCUCUCUCGAAACUUUCGACCUCUUCCCCCGACUCGUUCCCCGAACGUCGGUCGGUCGCCUCCUUAGUUUAUGUCCGACGACGCGAUCGGUCGGUCGAUCCUCGAGGGCGAUUAGUCGGGCGCUUCGUAUUUUUUCUUUUUCUUUUCCUUCGUUUUUCUCUUCUAUCUCCCUCUCUCUCGCUCUCUUUUUUUUUCUUCUCGCCGCCGCCGACGUAGUCUUUUCCUCGGAACCGACGCGAUUCCGUUCAAGUUUGCGAUUUUCGACAGAUAUAUCGUACAUGACGCACCCGCUGCCACGCUCGAGGAUCGUCUGAACCGGCUUUAAUUUUUUUUUAAAUCUAUAGAAAAGAAAAUAUCACGAAAAAGUGUUUGAUGAUUGAUACAAUAUCGAAGGAUUAUUAAAUUGUUGAAGACUAUUAAACGUUUGACUCGCAUGAGGAGAUAUGAAGUUGUGUCAAGCAGAGAAUAACAUGUCGCCAAUUAUGAUGAAUAAUAUACAAAUAUUACGCAAAGGAUCACUUUAGGAUGAUUCUAAGAGCUAUAAUAGAAUGUUUUACAGGUACUUUCUGAAGAAACGGAGUCGACAAUCAACGAAGCUAGUUAUCGAUAACAAUGACGACCGACGAGGGAAGUGAUCAGGGUGACAUCGGUUUUACUCCAAAAAAUAAUGCCGCAUCAAUCCAAACGAUCGAUUACACAGUCGCGGAUCCGAUCGGCCCAGCGAGCCAUGUGCUGCCUCGUCAGAUCGAUCCCGACAAUUCCGAUUGGAGUGAGGGCAACCCCCUUUUAUCCGAGAGUGUGGCACUGACGAUCGAUGCGUCGAUCGGGAAGUCGAGAAGAGUACACAAAGCAGAAGACACGAUGAACGGAGAACAUGGGAACGUGGCGCGAAGAGAGACCAACGAGGAUUUUGCGAGCGAACCGACGAAAAUGAUUGUUGGGCCACCCGAUGGCGGCCUUAGGGCUUGGAUGAUCAUGAUCGGCAGCUUCAUAAUCAACGGUGUACUCUUUAGCAUCAUCAAUACGUAUUCCCUGAUCUAUCCGGAGCUUCAGAAACGACUGACGGAGGCCGGUGAAGCUGAAGUGUCUUCCAAAGCAGCUUUGGUUGGCUCAUUAACUAUUGGAAUGACAUUUUUCCUAUCGCCGAUCGCCGGUAUGCUGACGGAUAAAUUCGGCAUCCAAAUAACCACCUUUGUAGGGGGUGCGAUUGCGUCUGCUGGCCUGCUUCUUUCCUCGCUAUUAACAGAUAAGGUGGAAGUGCUCUAUUUAACAUAUGGCGUUAUGUAUGGACUCGGUGCAAGUCUCGCUUACACUCCGAGUUUGGCGAUAUUGGGUCAUUAUUUCAAAAAGUAUCUAGGCCUAGUGAAUGGCAUCGUCACAGCCGGAAGUUCUGUAUUCACGACACUCAUUCCGUUCCUGACAGAAUAUCUAUUACGGCACUUAGGUCUGGAAGGAACACUAAGAAGCCUGGCCGCACUCACGACUAUUAUCAUGGCUUGUGCAAUUCUUUUCAAGCCGAUACCACUGAAUACACCACAGGAAGAUGAAUCGCAACAUAACGCGAAGUCAUUACGAAAUAGUUUAAAAGAAUUCAUAAAUGUAUCUAUUUGGAAAAGAAAACGAUAUGUCGUGUGGUCUGUCUCUAUUCCUGUUGCUCUCUUUGGAUAUUUCGUUCCAUAUGUCCACAUAGGAAAAUUUGUGACUACGACAUUCAAGGGUGCUGAUGGCAAACUACCUGUUAUGUGUAUCGGUAUCACUUCCGGUAUUGGCCGUUUAAUUUUCGGUUACAUUGCUGACUUGCCGAAAGUAAAUCGAAUAUUGUUACAACAGAUAUCAUUUAUAAGUAUCGGCAUCCUCACGAUGCUUCUUCCGACCACUAAGUCCUUUCUCGUGCUCCUGAUUAUCUCGCUAGGCAUGGGACUAUUUGACGGAUGUUUUAUAUCAUUACUUGGCCCGAUUGUGUUCGAUACUUGUGGUCGUAGUGGAGCGACUCAAGCUAUUGGGUUUCUUUUAGGAAUGUGCUCUAUACCUCUGACAGUUGGUCCACCCAUCGCGGGACUUCUGUAUGAUCACACUGGUACCUACGAUCUGCCUUUCUUCUUAGCCGGCAUUCCUCCCAUAGUAGGGGCAUUGGCAAUGUUCUUGAUAAGAUUCGUUAAAGACGAUGAAAGUUCAAAUAAUAGUUCAAAUAAUCCGUCUCCGGAAAAUCCUUCAAGUAAAAUAGAAUGCCAGAAUGAGAAGAUGAGGGAUAAUAAUUCCUCAUCGAUGUUCGUUGUAGAACAAAAAUAUGAGUCGAUAGCACAAGAUGAGUAUAGCAAAAUGUACAAAAAUCUGCAAACAUCUGAACGUGUCAAGCAACAGGCUGCAUUACAAAAAUGCUUGGUACACGAUAGCUAUAGACAUGAGUACGGCGAUCACUAUAAGUAUUCGGAGAGCGUACCUUUGCUUCAUAAAAGAGAAAACCCACAAUAUUCAACCGCAGGUUUCUUCGAGCGAUCUUCAAUGCUUACGUUCUGAAUUCGCAUCUUGACAUCGGAAAUUCUUUCGCUGUGAAAUUAUUCAUUAUUCAUUUAAAAUGAAUAUGAAAAUGAAAAUGCAAUUUAUUGAAAAAAAUAUUUCUUUUUAUGUCACUAUAUUUUUUAUGUAGGAUAAGAAAUACAAUGUGUAAACGUUGUGUGUACUGUAUGUAUGUGUGUGAGGAAUAUGUAUAUAUUAAU